CUGGAGAUAUCUUUCACUGUGACAGGAAGCUCCAUAACACCUGCACAAUGGGAAGGCAGAAAGUGUUCCUGGAAAAACUGGCCCGAUCGUUCCAGAUCCGCAACCUGCUGCUGCGCCAGGCCCUGGCUGAGUGUCUGGGGACCCUUAUCCUGGUGAUGUUUGGCUGUGGAGCAGUGGCCCAGCUGGUCCUCAGCGGGGGCUCUCAUGGCAUGUUCCUCACAGUGAACUUUGCUUUUGGUUUCGCCGCCACCCUGGGGAUUCUGGUGUGUGGACAGGUUUCAGGUGGCCAUCUCAACCCUGCUGUGACGUUUGCCCUGUGUCUGCUUGGGAGAGAACGCUGGAGGAAGUUCCCAGUGUAUUUUGCAUUUCAGACGCUGGGGGCCUUCUUGGGUUCUGGAAUCAUCUUUGGCCUCUACUUUGAUGCACUGUGGGACUUUGGCCAGGGUGAUCUCAUCGUCGUAGGGACAAAUGCCACGGCUGGAAUCUUUGCCACCUAUCCUUCACGUCACCUUACCAUCGUCAAUGGAUUCUUUGACCAGAUGAUCGGCACAGCUGCCCUCAUUGUGUGCAUCCUGGCCAUCGUGGAUCCCUACAACAACCCCAUCCCUCGGGGCCUGGAGGCCUUCACUGUGGGCUUCGUGGUGCUGGUCAUCGGCCUGUCCAUGGGCUUCAACUCGGGAUACGCGGUCAACCCUGCCAGGGACCUGGGGCCCCGUCUCUUCACUGCCCUGGCGGGCUGGGGCAGUGAGGUGUUCACAGCCAAUUCAUACUGGUUCUUUGUGCCGAUCUUCGCCCCCUUCCUGGGCACAUUGUUCGGGGUGGUUGUGUACCAGCUGAUGGUGGGCUUCCACGUGGAGGGGGAGGCGCGGGAGAAGCAGGAGCAGGAGGAGGAGCGCAUCAAACUGUCCAAUGUCACCUCCAAGGACAUGGCUUGAGCAACAACCAUAGCACCCCCCUAUCCAAAUCUCAUCUGCUCUACCCCACCUUCCUCCUGUCAUCUCCAAACACGUAACAUGCCCGCCCCCCCCC